GGAGGUAGAGCAACUCCACUGGCUGCAGGUAGCGGUCACUCGGACUGGGUGGGGCGCACUUCCUCGUCCAGUCCCGCUGCCCCGUUCCAGGGAGGACCAUGAAGGUUCCCGACAGGCCACCCCUGACUCCGCUAUGGGCACUGUCAUUCCCGCUACUGGUGCUAGCCACGCGUGGGGUGGCAGAGGAUGCGCCCACCUACCCGGUGUGGGAUGCGGACGCACAGGAGCGGCUGACGUGCCGCCGCUGCCCCCCUGGCACCUUUGUGCACCGGCCGUGCAGCCGGAGCCGCCCCACGGCGUGCCGCCCUUGCCCGCCGCAGCACUACACGCAGUUCUGGAACUACCUGGAGCGCUGCCGCUACUGCAACGUCAUCUGUGGCGCGGACGAGGAGGAGGCGCGCCCCUGCUCCGCCGUCCACAACCGCGCCUGCCGCUGCCGCCCGGGGUUCUUCGAGCUCUCCGGCUUCUGCCUGGAGCACGCCCCCUGCCUGCCGGGCUAUGGCGUGGUCGCCGUCGGCACUCCCACCCAGAACACGCAGUGCCAGCCGUGCCCCCCGGGCACCUUCUCAGCCAACAGCUCCAGCGCAGAGCAGUGCCAGCCCCAUCGCAACUGCACAGCCCUGGGCCAGGCCCUCAACGUGCCGGGCUCCCCCUUCCAUGACGCCAUGUGCACCAGCUGCCCAGGGUUCCCACUCAGCACGCCAGAGCCAGGGGCGCCGUGGGACUGGAGGGGCGCAGGGACUGAGGAGUGUGAGCGAGCCCUCGUGGACUUCCUGGCUUUCCAGAACAUCUCCUUCCGGAGGCUCUUGCAGCUGCAGCAGGCCCUGACCAGCCCAGGGGCACGGAGACUGCCGCCACCACGGGAGGACCGCGUGUCCUUGCAGAAGCAGCUGUGGCAGCGGCUUACCGAGCUCCGCGAGGCCCGGCCUGGGGAACUGGCAGCAGGGCUGUUGCGGGCCCUGCAGGCUGCGGGACUGUCCAGGGUGGAGCGUGCAGUCCGGAAACGGUUCCUCCCAGCGCCCUGAGCCCCGCCCCCCUAUUUAUCCCAUGGAACUGGCACUUGGUUUUCAUAAAGCUGUUUUGUAGAAACUGGUGUGUGAGACUGAAUGCCAGGUCAGCUCACUGUGUGGUGGGGACCCCAGUGGCAGAGCACUGGGGCAGCAAGAGGCCCCGGAGCCCUUGGGUCCCUCUGCCCCACAUACUAGGACGGGGCUACGUGGUAGGAGGUCUGGGAGGCAGCAGGUGUAGCCCUUCCAGCUGUGGGGGGCAGUUCAUUCCAAGAUCCCCAGCCCAGCUGGCAAAGAUUGGGAGUGUGGGUGCCGGCCGGGCCCAGCUGAGGAGCGGGGCCUGGGAGUCGCUGGAGUCCAGGAGCUCCACCGAGGGUUAGGACCGGGUGGCCUGGCCCCUCCCCAAGACGGCCUCCCUUCCUAGACCCACCCACUCUCUACCAGUGGGGGGACUUCCCAGGAGGAACCAGCCGAAGACCUCUCCCGCCUGGAGACCCAGCAGCUUUCCGGGAGCUGCUCUUCCCUCCUGGCAGAGGGCGGCCCCUCUGCUCCUGGCGGAAACGCAGGAGGGUGGGACUCCUGGCUCUGAGUGGGCUGCCUGCUCCUCCCACAGGCCUAGGACUCCCCCGCCCGACUCUUCCCUUUCCCAACAGCUCCUCUCAAGGCUCCCUGGGGGCGACAAUCUGCUGGGACCUGAGCCCAGGACAGGAGGCCACUAGGCCAGGCCAUUCCCACCACAGGGAGGCAGCCUGGGAGCCCUCCUGCUGGGGCCACCACAGGGCCCUGG